CACAUCGGCAUUCAAAGAUUGUCUCAAUACUAUCGAGGUGGGCGUCGUCUACUUUACUCUUUUGUCUAUUCGAUUAUCUCUGCCAGGAACAACCAGCCGAGAGGAAACAUUCAACCAACGUCGACCAUGGCUGAACAAUACCAAUAUACCUUGUACACGUAUUUUCGGUCCUCUUGCUCAGCACGCAUUCGAAUUGCUGCUUUGCUUAAGGGCAUUUCGCUCGAUUAUAAGUUCAUCCACCUUGUGAAAGGCGAGCAACUCACGAGGGAGUACAAGACCCACAACCCUAGCGCAUCUGUACCGACACUCAUUGUAACCGACGUCAAGUCAGGCAAGACCGCUGCUACUAUACGACAAUCGCCAGCGAUCCUGGAGUACUUUGAGGAGGCAAGACCUGACUUACCUCGAUUACUCCCUCCUCCAGAUGACCCAGUCGGUCGAGCCAGGGUGCGUGAGUUAUUCGACAUUAUAGCUUGUGACAUUCAACCAGUCACGAAUCUCAGAGUUUUGAACUUUAUCAAGCCCCUGGAUGUGGAAGCAAAGGAUUGGCAACGGCAUUUCAUGAGUCUGGGGUUGCGAGCCUAUGAAGAGUUGCUCAAGCAGUACUCUGGAAAAUAUAGCGUUGGUGACGAAGUGUCCAUGGCGGAUUGUGCACUGACACCUGCCAUCGAUAACGCAUUGAGAUUUGGUGUCGACGUCAAGACUGAAUUUCCUCAGACCUGGAAGGUUUGGGAGAACCUCAAGGUCAUUGAAGCUUUUCAAAAGGGGAGAUGGAACUGUCAGGAUGACACUCCCGAUGAGCUCAAGGGGAAGGAGUAGGAGAAAGGCCAGAAGAUAUUGACACGACGGAUUCAACUUCUUACUUUACACAUGUUCACCGGACCACAUGUCGAGUGAUUGUCUGAUUGGAACCAAGUCAUUGGUCCAUAGCAAUGGUGGUUGCAGAGAGUAUGUAUCGUGAUA